ACUUGGUAACUAACUAAUUAACUAACCUUGAGAACUGAGAAGUGCUUUUGAAUGAAUGCAGUUGCGAAGUUGGAAGUUGAAUUGCAAGCAACCAAACAAAGCAGUGUUGUUUGAUUUCUUUAACAUAAUAUGUCAAACAACAACAACAAACGCCGUUAUGUUCCUCCGACACAAUCCGACACCGUUUUCCGCAUCAUCUCUUCCGCCGCAAAAUCCGAUUCUCUACCCUCUCUUUCCGGCGAAGGUGUCAAGAUUCUAAUUGAAGAUUACCCCGGUGAUCCCACCUCCGAUGACCGCAUCAUUGUUAUCAUCUCCACCGCCGCAGAACAACUUCCCGAUGAAUCAGCUGCUCAGCUUGCUUUGAUUAGGGUUUUUGAAAGAAUGGUUGAAAAUGAUAAUGAAGAGAAUAGUAAUAAGAGUUUGAAUUCUUCUUCAGUUGGGUGUAGAUUGUUAGCACCUAGUUAUCAGGUUGGGCGUGUUCUUGGAAGAGGUGGUAAGAUUGUGGAAAAGAUUAGACAAGAAAGUGGUGCUCAGAUUAGGGUUUCGCCUAAAGACCAUUCUCCAAUGCCUCCACCUGGCGAUGAGUUCAUUCAGAUAACAGGAAAUUUUAAUGCAGUAAAGAAAGCGCUUCUCGCAGUUUCAAGUUGUCUUCAGGAUAAUGUAGGCAAUUCUGGUUCUUUUAAAUCCACUGGUGGUGCUCCGGUUGAACCUUAUCCUCAACGGGGUCCCCAUCCUCCUGAUCAUCAUCAUCAUCCCAGAGGUUAUUCUUCUGUUCCGGGUUCUGAAAGCGCUGGACCUGCUCAUAGAAUGUUUGUGGAAGAGGAGGUUGUCUAUAAGAUGUUGUGUCAGCAAGAUAAAGUUGGCUGUCUUAUUGGGAAAGGUGGUUCUGUGGUGCGGGCUUUACAGAACGAGACCGGUGCAUCUAUCCAAAUAGUUGAUGCUGGACCUGAUUCAGAUGAGCGUGUGGUUGUCAUAUCUGCGCUAGAGAAUUCUGAGCAAAAGCAUUCUCCUGCUCAAGAUGCUGUUAUCCGUGUUCAUUGUCGACUUACAGAGAUUGGAUUUGAGCAGAGUAAUGCAGUUGUUGCUAGGCUCCUUGUGCGUUCACCACAGGUAGGGUGCCUCUUGGGCAAGGGAGGUCAUGUUAUCUCAGAAAUGCGGAGAGUCACGGGUGCCAGUAUACGUAUCUUUUCGAAGGAACAGAUUAAGUACAUUUCUCACAACGAAGAAGUUGUACAGGUUAUUGGGACCUUACAAUCUGUGCAAGAUGCUUUGUUUCACAUAACCAGCAGAAUUCGAGAAUCUAUUUUCCCAAUGAGGAACACUCCAAAUUUUAGUGCACCACCACAUAUGCCACCAUUCCUGGAGACGUCCCCGCCUUUACAUAGGCCAAGAAAUUACAUGAUGCCAUCUGGGCACCCUCAUGCGCCUCCUCCUCAUGUCGGACCUCCUCCGCCUCCUCAUGUUGGACCUCCUCUGCCUCCUCAUGGAAUUGACCAUCCAGCUGGUCCCCCCAUGCAUGUUGAUCAUCCACAUGCAUUUUCGCAUGGUAUGGGUCGCGGUCCGCCAAACAUGGACCGAGUUCCCUAUCCUCAUGGUUAUGAAGGACCCAUUUCUCCAAGAUCAUGGAAUCCUCAGGUAGUUAACAGAGGAAAUCCAGGGGUAACAGCUGAUACUUUUAAUUUGCCUUCAAGAAAUGGGGCUCCUGGAAUGAAUGGAACAGUUGAGAUCACCAUCCCUUAUAUGUAUAUAAUCCACGUGUACGGGGAGAACAAUAGCAACAUAAGUCAAAUUCGACAGAUUUCUGGUGCAAAUGUGGUUAUUCAUGAUCAAAAACCUGGUGCUACAGAAGGGCUGGUGAUAGUAUCUGGAACACAGGAUCAAAUUUACUCGGCUCAAUGUCUAAUUCAUGGUUUUAUCUUAUGUGGACAGACUGCACCUUGAUUAGUGUCUAAACAGAAGGUUUUGAAACUGUUGUAUCAUAUGAGAAGUUGGAUAUAUUUAUAUUAGGGAUGUCUUGCCAUUGUGUGAAUUGAACUUUUAGUUGACAUCAAGUGCAAUGGUGUAUUUGUUGCUGGUUUUUA